AUUCUUGGUCCACUUGUCAUUCAUAUACACAGCCUCAUAUUCAGCCUACCAUCUUUUUUACUAGUUUCUUGAGCCCGAUUUUUCUUUUUAAUACCGCGCACACGCUCGGAAGAACGCUUUGAGUCAUGACCACGUCGUCGAGAACAGAGCACCAUCACAGCAUUCGUCCAACUUAUUCUCAACAACACCUUAUCCCAACGCCGUCAACGCCACUUCAGGAACCACUCGACUCACGUUAUCAUUUCAACAAGGCCUCACCUUCGAACAUGUCCCGUAACAAUAAUUCUGUCAGGGACCAACACCUUUCGUCUUUGACCUACCUCUCCGAAGUAUCGGAGGCUACGUCGCCAAUGGCGAAUGGGCGUAGUAAUAAUAAGAACUACAGUGCUCAUUCGACUACGAGGAGGGCUAACGAUCAUCUUGAGAUAAUUGUCGAUGGUUCUUUUACUCAUCAUCGUACUUGGGACCAUGAUGAUGAUCCGAAUCCUUUGCCCACACCUGAUAGUAGUCAACAUUUCCCUUCCCACGAUGUGCAUUCGAACCUGCCCUCAUUCUCGUCCAGGGCAUCUACGCCACAAGGUAAAAAAAUCAUUGAGGACAUUAAAGUUCAUGUUGCGAUGUGUCUGUUCUUUACAUUUUACAUUUUACAUUUUACAUUUUACAUUUUACAUUUUGUUUGUUGGCAUGGGGAAGGAGAUUUGGAUCAUUGGCGUGUGCAUGUGUGUUUGUGUAAAUAUGCUGUACCACCUUUGCGACAAAAGAGAGACCGAAACAGAAUAGUGAGCGCACAAACCAGACAGAAUGAAGAAUAUGCUUUCGGUGGGCUGCGUUUUGUGUGUACGUGCGCGUGGUUCAGUGGGAGCACAGAAGAAAAAAAGAAUCUGGUCUAGUGGACCAGAAGCAAAACCCAAAUGAGGGUCCACAACAAUGAGGAAAUGGAAUAGAGGAAAAGAAAAACAGUCUGAGGCGGGCGACGAUGGCAAAACACGAAAAAGGGUGUCAAAGGAAAUUUAUGUAUGCACAAGGGCAAGUGAUGGUACAUUCAUUGUUCAACACAGGGGAGAACCUCAUUCCCUUUACUCUCUUUCUUUUCUUUUCCUUUCUUUCUCUCUUUCUCUCUUUCUCUCUCUCUUCCCCAUCAACCUUUCAC